AUGGACGAUUAUAGAACUCUUCGGGCCAAAACUUUGGGCUCUACACAGGAGGGGGAAGCUGUUACGGUGAAUACCAGAGCUCUUCCUUGUUUCGUGACUAAUGCGGCAUUUCUUUUGUACAGACUGCGAGAACUUCUGCAGAAUGCCGCAGAUGCAAACGCCAACUCUGUGGAGGUUCGAUUCCAAUCGGACGGAUCUGCUUCGGUACCCCCAGGCCAUCAACCCGAUUUUAGAGAGCUCGUGAAGUCUAAGAUGCAACGAAUUUUGGUCAAGAACGAUGGCCAUUCCUUUCGAGAUGAGGACUGGCUACGGUUGAAGAGGAUUGCGGAAGGGAAUCCUGAUGAGACAAAAAUUGGCGCUUUUGGUGUUGGCUUUUAUAGUGUGUUCGCCGAUUGUGAGGAACCUUUUGUGUCCUCCGGUGAUCAAGCUAUGGCGUUUUACUGGAAGGGGAAUUCUUUAUUUACUCGGAGAGUAAAGCUUGAUACCAGGGACCGAUAUACAACCUUUUUGUUGGAAUACCGGGAGCCAUCCGAACUGCCAGACUUGAAAGAUUUAUGCAAAUUUUUUGCCACCUCACUUACUUUCGUUAGAUUGAAUUCUAUAUCCCUCUAUGUUGACGACCAUUGUCUAUUGUCGUUACAAAAGAAGACAUCCCCAUCAGAUAUUUUGCAGAUACCCGAGUCGAUAGAUCCGACUACACGAGAUAAAUUGAUGCGGAUUGCUAGGGUGGAUAUGGAGAGUGUGCAGAUCGAUGCCAAGUACAUGAAUGUCACUCAUUAUAGCCCACCCGCAGCCGAGAUUAGCCAAACCCUUAGAUCGAUGUUUUCUCGUUUAACUUCUCAACCGGUAGCGCCUAAGGAAUCGUUUCAGUCGGACCUAUCUGCUUAUACAACGGUCUCAAUAUUUUUGCGGAUAGCGACGGCGACUGUGAAUACCAAUGUUACUCCUUCAUUCGCUAAGGAGCUCGAGCGUGCGACCAAAAAACCGCCACCCAAAACCACAAAAUUGGCUAUUCUGUCGAUGUCAAAGGAUGAGCUUGACGCUUCAGAGGAUGCAGAGAUAUUCUCGAAUGUGUUACCUGGAAAGUCCGGGAGAAUAUUCAUUGGUUUUCCAACGCACCAGACAACUAGUAUCAGCGCUCAUAUAUCCGCCCCUUCAGUGAUACCUACUGUUGAGAGAGAGAAUAUAGAUCUUAAUGCUAGAGUUAUUAGAGAUUGGAAUGUUGAGAUGCUCAGGAUCGCCGGUAUCUUGGCUAGAAUCAUGUACACCGAUGAGAUGUCAGUGCUGGCUAGACGGGCUGAAAGGCAAAAGGGGCAAUUGGAGGACUUGUUUGACCACGCUAUUCAUAUCAUGAAGCAAUUCACAUUCACCCCUUCGACACCGGCCUCGGCUGUGGGAGAUCGCAUCGGGAUGGAAUUCUGGAGCUGCUCUAAGAGAUCAAAUUCAAUUGAGAUUAUGUCCACCCGGGGAGUUUUGUCGAGUGACCAAGUGCGGUUGUCGAGCGAUGUGAACUUUUUGGUUGGAUUACCGCUACUACCGGAGAAAAUUGCGAAGGAGGCGCAUGAGUUUAUAAGAGGCUUGAGGGAUAGGGGCUUACUAACGGAGAUCACUGCCACCGAUAUUCAGCAGGAGCUCCAAAGCAGAGCCUUGAGUGGGGCACAGCAAGAUUUGUUCCUAAAGUGGCUGGCAGAAAAACGGACUAAGGGGGAUCUAGACGAUAACAUCGUUCAGAAUUUGCUUAGUGUAGCCGUUGCAACGACCUCCUCGCCGGAGGGUUCCAACGGAGAUGUUACAAUUCCUAUCUCUCUGGGAAUGAUAAAAUAUUAUGUCAAUCCCAACAAGUUGUCCCCUGAUGUUCCGAUCCCUUCAGACUGUCUGCCAUUUCAAGUCACCAAAGCUUUGAGUAUGCCUCAACUGAUGGCUCUUGGGUGGGAAGAGAUCGCAGUUCUGACCUGGUUGAGAUUUAUCUGCUCCCCACCUCAUCCCUUGCCGGUCUCGCAAAGUAUCGAGCUUUCACCAAAGUUCUCAGCGCAGGUUUUAGCAAUCGUUUCCAAGAAUUGGGACCAAAUGACCAGCACGCAGAAGGAGAAUGCUGUUGGCAUUCUGAGGGACAAGAGGUGCAUACCCACAAAGAUGGGCUUGAGGAUUCCUACGGAAGCAUAUUUCAAUACAGUCAAGCUUUUCCAGGACUUACCGUUGAUUGUGAGUAUGAAUGGUGUACGAGACAAAUUUCUUACAGCCCUCGGCGUUAGGAAGACGGUGGAACUUAAGCUGGUGUUUGAGAGGUUGAUGAACGAAGAUGCGACCCAACGCGGGACAAAAUGGAGCCAUUUAGAGCUUGUCAGAUAUCUCACUAGUGUCUGGAACGAUAUCCCUAAGGACGACAUUGCGAAACUGAAGAACACGGCUAUCUGUACGGCGGAAACUUCGAGUCCUCGGUCUCAACAAAAUCGGUAUAAAGUUUCGCAGUUAUACGAACCAGACGACCAACUCAGAAAGCUUGGAUUGCCGAUACUAUAUUGGCCGAACUGGAAAGGUGGCAGCCCGGAGGGGAAAUUUUUAACAAGUCUUGGACUCAAGAAGUAUCCGAGUGCGCAGGAUGUUUUAAGGAUAGCUGCUGUUUCUGCGGACAAUGAAACUCUUAGAGAGGCUGCCCUACAAUACUAUGUGAGCAAUUAUUAUCAUAACGGAUAUACGGCUUUCAACGCCGCGGGGAUGGAGAUGGCGUUUUUACCACUUAAAGGUAAAAGUCAGGAGAAGGCGAGGCUGGCCGCACCUAGGCACUGUUAUUCUAACCCCCGGGCUGCUAUCAUGGGCUAUGAUAUUUUACGGAGUGACCUUCAGGAGCACGGACAGAAGUUUGGGGUUUCCGCCGAUCCUCCUAUGGCGCUCUGCGUCGACAAACUCAUCCUUCAACCGCCGACCACGAUCGGCGACGCUCAGGAAAAGUUCUCCUACUUUUCAACCCGACUUGCGGAGAUUCUACCGCAUCUUGUCGAGCGAUUGUCGAACGCCCGCAUUGUGCCUGUGCCGUUAAAACCCGGCGAUAUGCGACCGGGUCCGGCUCGGAAACUGAAGUGGAUUCCGCCAAAGAAUUGUUUUCUAGGAGGUCAGGGAAGCCUUUAUUAUGAGAUCUUUGACUUUGUCAACUUGGGGCAAGACGCAAAUGCUUUCCUGACUAAAUGCGGAAGUAAGCAUGAGCCUACAGUAGCAGAGGUUGCCUAUAUGAUCGUUCGUGAGCCGGACCGUUUACUCGAUGUCUUCGGCGGCGAGAAGAAAUACAUGGGGGCCUUGAGAAGUAUCGCAGAGAAUUGGAGCCACUUGAAGAAAGACAGAAUGCUCCUCAAGGAGAUGCGGAAGAGUCGGUUUCUCGGAGCGCUGAGAGAAGUUUCGGCCGGCAACGGAGCUGAUGCAAGUGCCGCCGAAGAAAACGCCGAUGGAGGUACCAUCAAGGAGUUUACUCUGGCUAGGGCAGACCAGGUUUUGGUGAUCGAUGAAUAUGUGACUUACGUCAUGUUCAAGAGCGAGAUUCUGACAGCCCCGCAAGAGGACAUUCUAGAGAGUUUUUAUACGGCUUUAGGCGCUUCGGCUGUGUCAGCGAGGGUCUUUCCUGAAUGGCGCAUUGGGAAUCCGAUACACGCGGAGAGAGAGGUAGAAAAGUUGAGUAAGCUUGUUUUGGAGAGGUGUCGUUUAUUUCUUCAUAACAACAAUGAAGAAGUUGCACACGAUGCCCGGUGGCUGGAGAACAAUCUGCGAGUUUCGUAUGUUGAUACCAUCCGUGUGAAGAAUACCCUGAGGCACGAAGGAUAUAAAACAAUUAGUCAUCUGCAGGGCAAGACUGCUUCGAUAACGAAGGAUACUGUCACGAAGCAGAUUAUUUUGUAUGUGACUCGUGGUUUCUUGUAUUACGACGUCUCGGUGGGACUCGUUUCUAUCAUACUUAGGCGGCCUAAACCGCAUUCUUAUUUGCUGCUGGAGAGUUUGUUAAGCACUGACCUGAUGGUACUAAAGUCACGGGGCUUUAACGUUGAACGGAUUCUAAAAGCAAAAGCCGCUGAGGCUCGUAUUGCAGAAAACCAGCGUCUGAGGAGGCUCGACGAAGAACGACGGAAGUUCGAAGAAGAGGAGAAGCUGGCACGUGAAAAGGAGAAGCUGCAGCAGAAGCAGAUUUUGCCGGAGCAAACGAAGCAAGCUACCCGAGAGCCGGAGGAGCGAUUUGCUAUGCCGGGUGCAUUUACUGAACCAGUCCCUCCCAUCGUGGAUAGACCGAGGACGAAUAACUUCUUCGGGAAGAUUACUAAAACUCUUGGUCUUGAUAAGGAUAGCCAGCAAACAGAGCAAAUAAAGGAUUUCCUCGAUUACCAGUCUCCCGAGCAACAUCACCAAGCGCAGUUACAAAUAAAGCCGACCUCACACGCGCAGCCACAAGUGGAGAAGCCUACCGAACCUCAUAGAAUUAGGGAGAACCUGCGUAGAGCAGUGGAAUCUAGUAGAAGCCAUGACUCUAAUGACUUGUUCAACCUUCCGGAAACUUUGGUGGUUAAGGAGCAGAAGAGCUAUUGCGACUCUCGCCCGAGCCACGAUAUCACCUUUGCAGGAUAUUCCGCUCUGGGGAUCAAGUUGUAUGUCGACAGGAAGGCGAAGGAGCAAGAUAUUUUCGGCAAAAACGCCGCGGCUGUCAAUUCGUUCUCCAAACUGCUGAAGGAAAUCUCUGAGAUAUAUUCCCUCAGAAUCGCCUCGAUGCACAUUUACUUUGAUGAGCAAGGGACAUCGAUUGCGUUUAAUACUAGUGGUUCAAUAUUCUGCAAUCUCCGUUUCUUCCUAGAACUCCACGGUGAAGCAGUUGCUAAAGGCGAUACGGAGAAAGCGUUGGCGUACUGGUUCGUUGUUGUCGCACAUGAGCUGGCGCAUAAUCUCGUCCCGGAACAUUCUGCACAGCAUUCCUUUUAUGCCGAAACGUUUACACAGGAAUACUUUAUCAGGGCCAUGGCGGCAAUUCAGAAGGGGAGGGAAGCGAAGACUCAAUAAUCUAGUUUUGCUUAGAUAGAGGGAUUUAGACUUUGAUGGGGUUUUUUUUUUUUUUUGCUUAGACCCUUGACAGGGCUCGGAAUUUGGAUUUGUGUCAUUGUCGUUAGCUGUAGUUUGGCUAUGAUAUCCUGGGUAAAAUGUUUUUUUUCUUUCUUCCUUUUCUUUAUUCCCUUUUGGGGCGGGGCUGUGCUGGAAUCUGUCGUUCGCGAUCGCGAUAAUUGAAUUCUUGGGAUUUGUGUACUGUGCAGGUCUUGGUCAUAUUUUAUCACUCGGGGCACCCUACACGAUUGUUUGACAUGCGGGUGGAAACACGGCAGAGCCAUCCCGUACAGUGGAUACAUAUAAUCCGGUACGCAGGCUACUUGGGGGGGGGGGUGGUUUAGAGAGAGUAUGUAUGAUAUCGCACUAUGCGGAAGAGGAGGGAGGAAAAGUUAAAUGCCAUUCCGUAAGAUCU